AUGUUUGACCGCGACUACUUCCAGCCCAUCGAUCUCAGCCGCGCGGACGAGCUCGAGCGCAUGAGCCGCGCCGUCGCGACCAUGGGCGACCCGUUCCUUCGCGACACGCCGCCCGGGUGGCUCCCCGAAGCGCACGACGAAGCGCCGUUCGAGAUGCCGCCUCGGGGUCGGUACUACCGCGAAGUGUGGCAAGAUCAAGAGUUUGUCGAGGCGGUCGGCGGCGACUUUGUCGUGGUCGACGACAACCAUGUGCUCGCAACCGGCUACAACGACGACGUCUUUGAAGCCUACUACUGCAAACUGGAAGCCGCCAUGGGCGACGACGGCUCCUUUCCAAUGGACGGGGUCCUUCCCGACCCGACGCCGCCGCCGGCGACCGAGACAGACGAGAUCGCGAGCGCGCUAACACAGUGCGUGGCUGCCUUUGUGCCCCAAGUGCUCUCCAACUGGCACACGCUGCGCCACCUCGCCGACCGCGUGCGCGACCUGGCGCCGCUCGACGCCAUCUACGAGCAAGAAGCAACCUUUGUGAAGCGCGUGGAAGCCUCGUACAACGCGCUCCGUCGCCGGUCCAAGAAGGCAGCCGGCAAGCGCAGUCACGUGCGUGCUGCGCCGGCCAGAACGCCGGCGCAAGCGGCAGCCUGUGCAUACGCAGCGCAAUUUGCAUCCCAACUCGUUGUCGGCGACGGCGUCGACUAUCUGGACGCGACCGGCUACUGGACAAGCGCCGUCGUCGUCGAUGCCUUUCCGGAGGCUGGAGCGCGCCUCACGCACGUCAAGGUGCAUGUGUCUGGGUGCAGCUUCGCGUCGCAGACGUGGGUGGCAGUCGCCGGCGGCCGGCUCCUACCGCCCGGCGCAGUCUCGGCCCGCAAGGCGCCACAUCUGGACGUCGACCUGGUCAAUCGUGACGGUGGUGUCGUCUGUAGCGCAGCACGGGCCAGAGCCGUCUUACCGUGUCCGAGCACGACGGUCGCGAUCGCUCGGACGCUCGAGUCGCUCUUCGUUGCAUCGUCGAAACCGUAGCUUUCCUAGUCCAACUAAUUAUAGUGUACAUCAAUCAUCAUCCGCC